AUGGCCAACCUCAAGCUCUUUUGUCUAGUCGAGGGUGAAUCCACGUCGAGAGCCUUUCCGCUGUCUGUUCCUUCGACACAAACAGUCGGUGACCUCAAGAAGCUCAUCAAGACCGAGAAAACCAUUGCCUUCAACGACGUCGAUGCAGACGGGAUCACGCUCUGGCUCGUCACGGUUCCCGAUGAUACUGAUGAGGUUCCCAUCAGGCUCGACUCCUUGAAUGAGAAGAAGAAGCUGCGCCCGACUAGCGAUCUCUCGGAAGUGUUUAGUGAGGGAGCACCAAAGAAUACAAUCCACAUUAUUGUACAACGGCCGCCGCCAGCUACUUCUAUCAACGUUCCGGACCAUCUAUUGCAGAGAUCUCGUCCCGCUUCUCCGCUUUUUGGCCUCGAUGUGUCUGUUGCAUUGGCCACGAUCGCGAGUAGAUUUUUUAGGCCCGGAUCCGAACACGCCAAGUUCCUGAAAGAGUUUGUGAUGGGCUCACACACUUUGCCUGUAACGCGAGGUGGGGUGCCGGGUUUACCAAGAGUUGGGAAGCGGGGACAGGUGACGGUUCGAGAGGCUCCGACGCUAUUGUUUUUCGACUUGCCAGGCCCUGAACAUUCCAGCACACCCAUUAGUGGUGCGGAAGAAAUUCUGACCAAGUAUCCAUGGGUGCGUCACCUGCCUCUUUUUGGAGUCAGCGGAUGCGGCAAAACACGGACAACUUUGGAACUACUGUCGAGAACAUGGGGGCUCUACUUCAACGCCGGUGAAAAGGACCUUGGUUCGAACGACGUGCGCGCCAUUAUCCACGCACUAUCGGACCGUCCAAAUAUCUAUUUAACGGAUAGCAAGGAACAAAAUACUGACAGAGUGCGAUAUUUGACCUUUGGCCUCCUGUAUACGCGGCUUUUGAUCCUGGACUACUGUUUGGGUAUCCCCGAAAGUAACACCUCGUUCACGUGCCAGAGAUGGAUGCUCCUGCAAGCUGCCACGCCUGCUUUCCAGGAUGUGUUCGAGAGCUUGUUCCAGGAUAUCAGCCUAGUGUUCCACAAUCGCGGUUCAUCGAAUCUCAACAUUAUCGACCUCGUACAAGACUUAUACGACAAAGUGCAGAAGCAACUUAUUGGACGGGCAGCUUUUCCAGCCCACUUCAAAUUUCUCCUGGUUUUGGACGAGGCGCAAGUGCUAAGUAGGCUCGCCGAUGGUGCGUUUCUCGACAGCGACCGCAAAACCAGUCGGCCAGUUCUGGCGCCAAUGCUCCACGCAUUCCGGCGAGUUGCAAAGAUGCAGGACGAGGACAAGGUUUGCGUCAUACCUUGCGGAACGGGCUUGAGCUAUUAUGAGCUGGAAUGGUCCGGUGGCUCUUCAUCAGGUGCCAAACUCUCGGCAGACGAAUUUCAGGCGGCAAAAGAUGCUAGUAUCGUCGUGGACUUUGCCGGUUGGACCAACGUGGAUUCGGUUUCAUCUUAUCUCGGGCGAUUGGGCCAAGCACUAGAUGUUGAGGCGAGAACACGACUAGCCGAUCUGUUUCCAGACGAUGUUAUCAAGAGGCUCUUUCGUGACUUCCGCGGUCGAUUCCGCCCCAUUGUGUCCAUUAUCGAGGACAUUAUCAUGAAGAACGAUCCAACAACGUGGAGAGAGAGCGUCGACGAAUUCAUGUACCGCUUGACGACGGCAGAUGUUUCCACCAACGUUGUCGAGAAGGAGCUCUUCCACGGUAACCUGUGUUCCGAAUUGAGUCGCGUGCUGAACCGGGUGAAGGCCGAGCCGAUGACGUUUGCCCGGUUCCAAAGCGUUGAAUUGACAUUGAGGGUUGCCACAGCCGCAUUCAACACACAAGGCGGGUUCAUGGCAUACAAAGGGGAGCUCCCUGAGUUGGUGGAAAUCGCGUUUGGCCGAAUCCGACGAUACAAUGGGGAACGAUACACGGUGAUCGACGAGCCAUUCGUGUUCCGAGCAGCAAACAAUUAUUUUCGGAAGACGGAUCCAGGAUACUUUCAGCAUCAAGCCGAUCUAUUGGCGACAUGCACCAGUGAGGCAAAGCGUGGGGAGUACUGGGAAUGCAUAGUGCCGACGAAUCUGGAAGGGAUAUUCCACAACAAGGUCAUUUCAAGGGACCUGUUCAACGGCGCUGAGCCCCCUCAUGGGAUGUUCCAACGCCGGGCAGAGAUUGUUGGACGGACGACUGCGAUGCAGACGACCUGCCACGAGACCAUGACUCUAACAGAUUUUCUGGAUGCCCACUUUUACCAUGACUCUGAGCACAAGGGGGAUCCCGUACCGCCUUUCUUCUUUCCCAAGGCUCAUGAGUCAGGCCCCGAUAUUGCUUUUGUCGUCCGAUUCAGGGAUGCGGCUGCGGAUAAGACGGACAUCACCUGCCCAGUGUUUGUUCAGCUGAAGCUUCGCGCCGAACUUGGCCGGUCCGAUGCAGAAAAAGCCCGUGAGACGGUCCAGCCAACAAAGAUCAACAACCAUGGUAUCGACCUCGGCAAGUAUUGCAAGCCCCACAAACACUACAUUAGCCCUAUUGUCUCAUAUCCUGCAGAGGUCGCCAAGUAUUUCAAAAACGAGCCUCUCAUUAUGAAACACGGCGAGGACGACUUCGAGAUUCCAUUAACAAUCGACAACAACAACAUACGCCAGCUAUUCGCAAAGGAAUACGUCGCAGUGCUGAAUCAAGUCAAACGACUGGGAGGCGAGAUGACGGCUAACUUAAACCGUGUCAAACGUGCCAGGAUUUAG